AUGACUGGCACGUUUCACGAUGAACGGGACGACUCCGAUACGCAAGACUCGCGUCUGAGCUCGCUCGUGGCAGACCCACUGGCCUCCAAUAUGUUCGCGCAACAGCCGAACUCGCAUACUAGUCAACAGAAUGGGAGUGUAGAAGUGGCGCAGCGGGCUGUACCUAUAGCGACUGUGGGACAUGCUCAAAAACGGAGCGCCUCUGAAUGCGUUCAAGUGGUCCAAACCUCUUCAAAGACUUCUCAAGCUUCCAAGAUAUCUGCGUCGCAAAACACAUAUACCUUCACGAAGACGUCGCAAGAUGCACCAACAUUGCCUAGCAAGGAGCAGAAUCAGCCAACCACUUUCCAGAAGUGCAUUCCAAAAGUGUCUCUUAGCGCAACGAAUUCCGCUCGAUUAAGAACCUUGAUGGACGAGAUCGAUGCGAACCAAUUCGCGUACUCGAGGGCCUCCAUCGAUGUAAUCAUUGAAGCGCUCGACGAGCUUCUCCUGGGUGCAGUGACCAAAGAGCUGCUCCCCGAGUACAUUCCCACGAUCAACGCUCUACGGUAUCACUCGGACCCUACGAUAAAGGAGAAAGCAACUAGCCUGAUCACACAAUGGCGCCUACUCAUCACUGAUCUACCAGGUAAUACGUCUCCACAUGGGAAACCCGUUUCGCAAGAGAGUACUCUCGCCUUCCACUGUCAUUCGACUGAAAAAGACUCGGUACAAAAAAUUGGGAAUCUCGCCCCUUCAAGCGGUUUACCCCCAGGUCUGGUAGGGGAAUUACCCGCUAUUACGCCUAACACCUUUGUACCGAAGCUAUCUUUCUCCUUUCUUGGAGGAAAACCAUCGAUAUUUGAAGCAACUCAACACGACACACUCUCCAGCAGAACGCAACCCAACGGCAUGUUUUUGAAUAAAACGAGACCCAGUGAUUCAACGUCUAGUGUAAUGCAACCUAGCAACACACCCUUUGGAGUAGCACUGCACGAACCUGCACUCCGCAAAGCAAGACAACCCGACACUAAUUUCACCGCACAACCGCUGGGCAAGCUUCCUUUUAAGUUCUCUGGUGGUACAGGCUCAAGUUCGAAAGAGUCAAAAACGAUUCCACAGUCACCUGCUUCCGUUUCCGCCAACCUGCCAGAUCUGGCAGGGUCGAUUGUUUCGUCAAUAUCUGCUCAUGUACCCACCGCUCGAGCUUUGGGGACAUUUUCUCCAACUUUGAAACGCCCGGCUGAGCAGUCUCUCACUGCUGAAAUUCCCCCUGAGGAUACUCUGUCUACAAAGCGUCAUACGGGCCCUUACUUGUCCACAGCCUCAAAAGAGGCUAUCAGGGUCCCUUCCUUGGCCCCGCCACCAGCAAACAACAACUUACAAACAGAGUCUUCUUCUGAAGUUGAAACUACUACUCCAUCGUUUGAACCCGUAGUUGCUCAACUUGGGAGCCAAUCUGGCACGUCUCUUCUGGCUGAUCAGCAUCCCGAGUCUUCGAAUCCAUGUCUCCCAGCGUUUCGUCUCGGCAGCCCAGGGAAAACAUCCGCGCCUAUCGGCUUCGCAAAACUACAACCUCAAAACCCUACUUUGACUGUCCUUAGUCCGUCAAACGUCACUCCAAUACCCACAAUUUUAAGUUUUGAGUGGUACAUCUCUUGGGUUGAAGAAUACUUAGGAUCAAGCAUCACUAUGUCAGAUCCGUUCAAGACGAGUUUGGGGGCUUUGUACGCCUCCGUAUCUUCUUUUUCUGGUCGUCUUAUCCGACUCGCAAGAGAUUUGUCGGACUUGAAGACUGCUAUGUCGCUGCGAGAAGCUGCGAUCAAGCAGUUGGAGAACGACAUCUCCAAAUCGGCUGGUGGUUCACGUAUUCUGGUUCCAGCUUGGGACGAGAGGUUCUCAAAGCGUCAGACACUUCAGGCAAACGUGUUACAGAUAGCCACUGAAUUGGAAUCCAAGGGGAAUGCAUUCAACCGCUUGACGGCCGAGCUUUUGCAGAAACUACCCAUACCGCUGCAGGAUUUGGUAAACAGCGAGAUCGACCCCAAAGUCGGCAUGGAAAAGUACACCAAAAUGCAGACGAGCCUGAGACAUGCUGGAACAAGUCUCAAGAACGAAAAAGAAAAGGUGGCAUCGCUCGAAAAAGUGAUAGAGCAGAAGGAUAUCGCAUUCAAUGCACGCAGUGAUAUGCUAACUAUAGUAAAGGAAGAGGUGAACAAGAUAAGAAACGAACAGGCGCAAGACAAAUCAAUCAUCAAUCAUCUUACGACUACCUUGGAGACUGCAAAUUCUGAUGCUGCUACGCAAAAGAAAGAUUUUGAGAACGAACUUCGAAGGAUUGGAGGCAGAUACUCUCACGAUGUGCAAAAACGUGUUGAUCAGGCAAGGCUGGAGCUUGCAGAGCAGAUCAAGAAGACUGAAACCACUGAACAUCAAUACAAGGUUGCUAUGAGUGAGCUCGAAGUAUCCAGAAAGAAUAGCGAACUUCUUAACAAGGAAAGGGAUCAUCUUGAGUCCACUGUUUCUGACUGGAAGGGUAUGCAUAAGGUACUCCAAAACGAGGUCAAGGUGUACAAACAGGGUUACGAUCAGUUCAGGAAGAGUAACGUAGCGCUCGAAGAAGGCAAGACUCAGCUUCAAGCCGAGUUUGAAACACUGAAACAGGAAUACGACGACUUAUCAAAGACUGUGCAUUCAGCACAGCCUAUAUCGAGAACAACUGCCCCCUCGGUACCAAUCGCUGGACAGGUUCGAUCUGUCACUUUGGUAGCCAACAACGGAUAUACCACCGAUCUGAAGAGUCUAGACGGUCCGAUCAAACACUGGGAACACAAACUCGAACUCGCACACGACCCGGUGACGAGGAAGGAAGCAGCUGUGACUGAACUCGACAAAGAAAUUGCCAAUAUCACACACCAGCUUCAAGAACUCAAGCGCCCAAAACCUCGACAAGCCAUGCUGUCAAAGUCUCCACAUGCUCACACUGCUAACGAUGAUGAGCUUGGAUCAGUUCGUACGGAUGACAAUGCAAAAAACGACCAUAGAGACCUCAGAAAUCAUCUGGAGGUUUCUGACUCUCAGCAAGUUGCAGCUCAAGACCCUCCCUCAUCGACGAAAGCAAUCAAGGUACGAGCUGCUUCGGCAACCCCUACAAGAGUUUCUAGCCUCCGCAUUGCUGCAUCGAAAGUAAGCGUGGACAAGUCAAACCUCCAGAGUUCACCUUGGAAACGUAAAGAUUGA